GGGCCAACGGCCGCGUGGAGCAGCUGACGACCCGGCUGGUCCAGCAGGCGUCAUGGAUGGGGGACCUGGCUCAGAGCGGUGGUCGCCUACCAGACGCACUGUCGCUCCUGGCGGACGGCGGGCACGACGACGGGCUCGGCGAGAGCACUGGCAUGCAACUUGGCGGCGCGCGCGGCGCUGCCGCCCUGAGGCGUUUCCGAUGUCAGGUCCAGAGCAGCCCCCAGGCCUUCUCCGCCAUGGCCAGGAGGAACCGCCAGCUCAACAUGACGGGCGCCGCGAGCGAGGAGGGCAUGAGCGACUCCAUGAUCGGCUACGCCGAGGACACGCUGGCCCUCGAGGGCGCGGAGCGGAUGCUGGUGCCGGCUGCCGCCCCGAGGGCCGAGGAGGACGGAGUAAGGCUGGUGGGCGGCAGCAAUUCGCUGGACGUGGGCAUCCGCUGGGGUUUUGGCCUGAUCCGCCGCCUGCGCGGGCUUCGCACAGCCUUCGGCGCCUUCGCCCGCUCCUCCAUGCACGCCGCUGGGUUCCAGGAGGUUGCGACUCCUGCUGCCGGUCUGCUGCCCUGCCCCCCGCCCUUCGGGCGGGCUGCUGGUACCCCCCCGCGGGGCGUGCGCGCUCGCGGGCGAUGGCUUCGCACUCACGUAGAGCACAUGUGGGUCAACGCCGUCGUCCUCGCUCUCUCCCACCUGCACCUGGGCGAGUCGCGGAGCUGCCCGCCGCGCGCCCGCGCGGGGAGGCCUCUCAGUUCGUCUCAGUCCGAGAUGGUGUCCAGGCUGAGGAGGCUUGUGCGACCGAUGUGCCGGCCCCUGCAAUGGCAAGGUGGCCGCGUGGAGAAGGCCGACGCUCUGCUCGACUAUCUCCUGAAUGCGAUGCAUCUCCCCCUGGGCGCCGUGGCGCCCUCUCCUGACUCCGAGGUGAUGACCAUCGACCCGAGCAAGGCUCCCUUCGCCAAGGCCGAGUGCCACUUCGACCCCCUGGCGUUCCCGGCCCCGUUUUCCGCCGCCACGCUCUUAGAGCUUCGGCUGCUGGCGCGGGAUGGGCCGGGCGCCGGCCCUCUGGCGCGCGCGGUCGGGCCCCCGACCCGACCCCCUCCGGCGAGGCCGGCCCGCCAGGCGGGCAAGCCUGGCGACCUCCUCCAGUACCUGAAGCAGUGGGAUGACGUGGGGCGACUGGAGCUGGUCGACGCGGCCGACUCCCCGCAGGCCCUGCGAGGUACCCUGUUCCCCGUGUUCAAGGACGCCCACGCGCAGAGGGUCGUCUUCAAUCGCGUCGCUCGCAACUUGGCGGAGUUGCCGCUGGGCGGCUUCUCCAGACUGACCCCGAGCGCCGCUGCGCUGGUGGUCCUGGAGGUGCCGGCUGGCUCUGUCUUGCGCGUCUGGGCGGACGACCUACAGGACUUCUGUCCCGCCAUUGAUUGCACUUACGACAUGGCCCGCACCAACGACGUGGCGCUCCCCCUCCCGACGAGGCUCUACGAGGGCUUCGCAGCGCUGGGCCGGCUUCGGAGGCGCUGCUGCCGUGAGGGUCGCGAACUCCCCGAGAAAGUGGUUCCCUGCCAUGGUGGCCUGAUCAUGGGAGGACUGAGCGCUCCCGACUGGGCGUGCGAGUCCCACAUGCGGCUGCUCGCCCACGCUGGCAGCUUCCUUCCAGAACGGCGGGUGCUCAACCGCCACCUCGCCCCCGAGGGGUCGGCCUGGGAGGGCGUCGUGCUGGGCGACCAUUUCGGCCUGGCGGGCUAUGCCGAGGCUGGCCUCAGGGUCAGCGCGGGCAAGGAGGUGAAGGACGCGGCGGAGGCGACGGUUUUCGGGGCAGAGCUCCUGGGCCACGACCGGCUCGUCGGCGCCUCACGCGCCCGCAGGCUGGCGUUGGCCUGGAUGGGCCUGUCCAUGGCCCGAGGCCGACGCCCCACUACGCUCGGGCUGCAGAGGUUCCUUGGCAUGGGGCUUUUUGCCGCGCUGUUCCGGCGGCCGACCCUGUCGCUCCUCCACUACUGCUACAAGGAGGUCGACGUCGGCCGUGACCCGCACGAGGUGUUCGACCUGAGCAGCGCGACCUGCAACGAGUGCGCCCUGUUCGCGGUUCUCCUCCCGCUGAUGGCCACCGACCUCUCCGCAGGCUGGGGGCCGCGCGUUCUGGCCUCGGACGCCUCGCACCUGGCCGGAGCGUCCGUCAAGGCGCCUGCCUCAGCGCCCACCGCCAGAGCUUUUUGGCGUCAGCGCGAGCAGCGAGGCGCCCGUACGCGGGUCUACCCCUCAGGCUGGGCUGCCCUUGCCAACCCCGAGGACGGCGCCGUCCUGCAGGACCUGGAGGAGGAUGCCGCCCCUCCCCCUGGCGCCGUCGACCCGACGGCCUCGCUGAUCGAGUACUUCGACGUGCUGGAGCUCUGCUGCGGGGAGGAGGCCCGUCUCUACCUCGCGGACCGGGGCCUGCGCGCGGGCCCGAGGAUAGACAUCAAGUGCCACAAAUACUGGGACCUGGUCGACUCACGCUCGGCGGAGUGGGUAGUAUGGCUGAUCUGGCAGAGGCGCGUCAAGAUGACUAUAUCACAGGUUCCAUGCACCAGCUUCUCCAUCGCGAGGCACCCGAGGCUCAGGUCCAGGGCGCGGCCCUGGGGUUUCGACCCAUCUUCGACUCCGACGGGUCUGGGGAGCGUCCUCUUCAGGCUGGGCAUGUUGGCGCUGUUCGCCCACCUUCUCUCGGGCCACGGUGCCGGCUUGCACGAGCACCCCCUGGCGGCCUACUUCUGGCACACGCACAUCGUCGAGUUCCUGCUGACGCACGAGGCCGUAGAGCGCUUCGACCUCUCGAUGUGCCAGUUCGGUGCGCCCUGGAAGAAGGACGCGAGCCUCCUGGUCGUGCGGGGCCCCUGGCUGGCGCCCAUGGCGAGGCGCUGUCGCGGAGGGCGCAAGAACACGGUCUUAGAGGGCGGCCUGACUCCCAAAGCCGCGCUCUACCCGCACGGCUUCUGCGGCGAGCUGUCUAAGCUGAUCGCCGACAACCUGGGCGGGCCGACUCCGCCGCCACCGGCGGAGAGCUCGGCGCCCGCUGGAGCGUUCGAGGCCCUCUGGCUGAACGACUACGUGGGCUUCGCUCCCUGGCAGCUGCAUUGCCAUCGCCUUUUCCGCAAGCCCCUCCACAUCAACUUGCUGGAGAUCGACGCGGCCUGCGACGCGGUGGGCGAGCAGGGCCUGCGGUUCCCCGAUUGCAAGCACAACCCCCUCCUGGACCCCCGCGUCUCGAUCGGGGCCAUCAGCAAGGGCCGCUCCUCAUCGACUGCGAUCAACAAGCUCUUGAGAAGGAGGGCCCCGUUGCAGCUGGCCACGGGCUCGUGCAUCGGAUGCCACUUCGCGCCGACGCGAUUGCAGCCAGCCGACGUCCCGUCGCGCACGCUCUGCGACCCGGCGCGCGCUCUGGCCCGCGGGGCCGAGGCUCCGCCUCCCGCUCCGUGCUGGCUGGCCAGCCUCGAGGCUGGGGACGCCUCAGCCUUCCGCGCUUGGGCUGCGCUCCCGCUGCAGCGCCGGCAGCAGUCUCGGUGGGCUUGGCUGGUGGCGCGCCUCUGGUGGCGUGGGCUCCUGCGGCUCGCCCCUCGACCGCGGGUGCGCGACCUCGCGCUGGGCUUCCCGGGCGAGGGCCCGCGCGGCGGAGCCCCGGCACUGGCCUCCCGCGCCGCUGCAGCCGGGCCGGCGCAGCCGCGGGCCCGCCUGGUCGGGCCCUUGGUGCCGCUGCUGCUGUGGGGCCCUGCGGCCGCGCCGCGCCCGCCGACCCCCCGCCCCGCGGGGGCGGACCUGGCGGCCGCGCGCGGCCUGACGCCAGUGGUCCAGACGCGCCGUGCUGCCCUCGUCUCGCAGCUCCAGCACUGGAUGGCGGGCGCAAAUCGUGCCCUCCGACGCCGACUCGACGCGUCGUGGGACAUCUCCUUCGCGCGGGAGCACCUGACGCCUGGCUCGAACCACCAGGCGAUGCCGGAGGCGCUGCUGCUCGCUUCGGCGAGCCUUGCACUGGCGUGGGGCUGGUGCGACGUCUCCGGCGGCCCGAUCCUCGGCUUCCUCGGGAUGAUGAGGCCCUUCGAGUUCCGGAGGCUGAAGUUCGGGGACCUG